UCAACUUGACUGCCCAGCAUCCUGCCCUAACCUCCGUAAUUGUGACAUUUUAUCAGAUUUCAAAACAAACUUGUGAUCUUGUUUCGCUCAAACUUAAGAGCUUUUUGUUUGUCGCAUUGCACACCAUUCCGGAAAAAAAAAUAUGGUGAUUUAUAGUGUUUACAUUGUCUCAAAGUCAGGGGGGCUCAUUUUUAAUUAUGAUCAUAGUGUUCCAAAAAUUGAAACUGAAAAGACUUACAGCUUUCCCCUGGAGCACAAACUCGUUUAUCAAAAUAAACAGAUUGUUGUGGCUUUUGGACAAAGAAAUGGCGUUAUGGUUGGUCAUGUUCUUCUUGGUGUUAAUGGAGCCCCUGUCAAUGGACGUACAAUAGAAGACGAAAAGAAUCCAAGAGAUGCCUUUGAGGUCCUUGAAAAUCCUGAGAACUAUCCUAUCAAUCUCAAGUUUGGAAGGCCUAAAAUGUCAACCAACGAAAAGAUUUUUCUUGCAAGUAUGUUUUACCCACUUUUUGCAAUUGCUAGUCAGCUGAGUCCUCAACCAAGAACAUCAGGUAUUCAAAGCCUGGAGGCUGACACAUUUCGUCUCUAUUGUUUUCAGACUCUUACUGGUGUCAAAUUUAUACUUAUUGUGGAGCCUUCUCAGACAGGAGCUGACUUGUUACUGCAUAGAAUUUAUGAACUUUAUGCUGAUUAUGCCUUAAAAAAUCCAUUCUAUUCUCUUGAAAUGCCUAUUCGCUGUGACCUCUUUGAGAGCAACCUUCAAAGUUUAUUAGAACAGUCUGAAAAAGCAGGCAUUAGUAGUGUUUAAAUUAAGCUCUUUAUAAAACUUGUUGUACAUGUUUUUAUUAUACCACAUUUUUUAAUGAAAUAUAUUGUUUAUAAAGGUU